AUGGGACUGGGCUGCGUUGGGUUGGAUCUUUGGGGCUGGCUUGCGCUGACGGGCCGUGGGGCUGUGGAUCAGGGAAGAAGGCGUUCAUCGCGGGCGUGGCUGACGACCAGGUGCGGGAAUUCGCUGCUCUGGCGAUUGACGGCGGAACGGAGGCCCGGAGGUCUUGAUCAUGGGACAGGGGCUUUGGGGUUUGGUGCUUUUGCCUGCGCCGCGCCUUUCUUGGUCUCCCGGCGGAUGUGGCCGGAGCGUUCAAGGGAGAGGGAACAAGAGGUCUGGCGGGUUGGCUUCGGGUGGGCGAUAGCAAAGGCACUGUGCGACGCUGGAGCAGAGGUGUACUUGGGAGUGUGGGUGCCAACGAUGAAGAUAUUUGAAACCAGCCUGAGGAGGGGCAAGUUCGAUGAGUCACGAAAGCUGAGCGAUGGGAGUUUGAUGGAAAUCACCAAAGUCUACCCCCUGGAUGCAAUGUUUGAUACCCCAGAAGAUGUGCCAGAAGAGGUCUCCACGAACAAGAGGUAUGCAGGGGCAAGUGGCUACACCAUAUCUGAGGUGGCGGCACAAGUGAAGAAGGAUUUUGGAAGCAUUGACGUUUUGAUUCAUUCACUGGCAAACGGUCCAGAGGUGACCAAGGACCUGAUUGAAACGUCCAGAAAGGGUUACUUGACUGCCAUAUCUGCAUCCAGCUAUUCUUUUGUUUCCAUGGUCCAUCACUUUGCGCCAAUCAUGACCCCUGGUGCAGCUGCACUGUGCUUGUCCUAUAUUGCUGCUGUGAAUGUCAUUCCGGGAUACGGAGGAGGCAUGAGCUCAGCCAAAGCGGCGCUGGAGUCUGAUACCCGAAUGCUGGCCUACGAGGCCGGCAGGAAGCAUGGCAUCCGUGUGAACUCGAUCUCAGCAGGCCCGUUGGGCAGCCGGGCCGCCAAAGCCAUUGGCUUCAUCGAGGAGAUGAUUGCCUAUUCCUAUGCCAACGGGCCCCUCAAGGACAAGGAGCUGUACGCCGAUGAGGUGGCGAACGUGGCUGCCUUCCUAUGUUCCCCGAAGGCAUCAGCGAUCACUGGACAGGUCCUGCAUGUGGAUAACGGCCUGAGCAUAAUGGGAGUGGCGCUUGACAGCAAGACUUUUGCGGAUGUCGUGGAUGAGCACACGUGA